UAAGCAGCGUUUUCAUGCACACUCACUGUGAAGUCUUGUUUUGCCUUGGCUGACACUUUCUAAGUGUUUCCGCUGUAUUCCAGUGAUUAUUCUGUGUAUGACCUUGGACUGUUUGACCACUGUUGAUUCUCUGCCGCCUGUCCUUGUGAUCUUGCCCUCUGGAACUCUGAUUGUUUUGCUGCUUGCCCUGACUCCUGCACGCAUCAAGACAGAGUUUGGAACAAAGGAGUCUCCAUAUGUGCAGUUGAUCAGUUAUGGCUUUACAGUCUCAUCUGAUGUUUUAACUCUUACCACAGCCUGUAAGAUGGACCUGUACAGGUUUCCUUUCGACAUCCAAAGAUGCAAUCUAACGCUUCAGUCUUCAGCACAUUCAGUUCAGGAGCUUACAAUAAACACAUUGUAUGGUUCCGAAUGGUUAACUCUCGAGUCGAAGCAGACCUUUCAGGCCCAGGGAGAGUGGGAACUCCUCAGUAUAAAUAUGAUAAACUGUAAUGCCACUUUCAUAUGGGCUGUCAAGAAUCAGCUGAUAUAUCAGAUUACCAUCAAGAGGAGACCUCUACUUUAUCUCAUCAAUUUCAUGCUACCAAUAUUUUUCUUUCUCGUGCUGGAUGUAACCUCCUUCUUCAUAGACGCAAAUGAAGCAGACAAACUGAGCUUUAAAGUGACUUUACUGCUGUCUAUUUCUGUGAUGCUGCUGAUUCUUAAUAUGACACUGCCUUCUACAGCUGAUAAAAUCCCACUGAUUGGGGUGUACUGCAGUGUGAUUUUCAGUCUCAUUGGUAUCAGCAUUCUGGAGACCAUCCUUGUGAAUUUUCUGAUGGUUAGAGCAGCUGAGAGGAGAUCAGUUGCAUCAGUGGAAACUACAUCUGCUGUUACUGGCCGAGAUGACAGUGUCAGAGACCUGCAGUGCCCUCCAGACUCAGUCAGAGAUCAGAAUGAAGAACAGUCUUCUACACUUGGCCUUCUAAAGCAGAUCCUCUCUGAGUGUCGGGCUGCAACUCAACAAAACCAACGAGAGAAGACAUCUCUGUGCUGGACCAGAGUGGCAAGAAUCAUAAAUGUGAACUUCUUGAUUCUUUACAUAAUCACCAUUAUUGUGUUUCUGUGUGUGCUUGGGAAGGUUUGGGGACUAUAUUGACGUCUUACAUAAUAUGACAAACAAUGCCAACUUUUGUGAGUUUAUAAUUGUUAAGAACAGGGGUUCACAACUCUUUACUGCAGAGUUUAGCUCCAAGCCUAAACAAACUUACUUACCUGUAACUUUGUAGUAAACCUUAAAGCCUGCGAUUAACCUUUUCAAGUAUACUUGAACAGGCGAGUGUUAAACUCUGCAGGAAAGACUUUGAGGAUCAGAACUAAGAACUCCUGGUUUAGACUAUUAAAAGAAUAGAGAUUUGUGGUGACAGCUCUAAGGAUCUAAUUUGAGAAUUUAAAUAGCAAGAUGUGUUUCUUCUAGCUUCUAUAGAGCAAAUAUUUGUCUUGUUUCAAGUUGCUAUUUCUUUAUUCAUUACUUAAUUGAAAGCAAAGUUAGCAUACUAUCACAUAUCCCCUCUCAGUUGAUUAAUCCGAAUCUUGUUUAAUCUGGGUAUGCUGGUUCCAAAUUACCUGUGAAUAAUUAGUUCAAUCAACCCCCUAUAUGCAGUGCAUAUCUACUUGGCUGUUGUGCAAUGUUAUUUUUGUUGUGUUAUUUUUUUAAUCUGAUCAUUUUUCU